AUGGCAGCUAUUCCAAAGGUUCAAUUCCCGUCUGGCACCAAAGUAGACCAGCUGGCAUAUGGCACUGGAAGUGCUUGGAUGAAGGAAGUAGAAGGCGAGGUUCAUCGACCAACCGUGGACGCGAUUAAAGAUGCUAUCAACGUGGGCUACCGCCACCUCGACGGCGCGCAGUAUUACAAGAAUGAGACCGAGCUGGGCCUUGCCGUCAGAGAGUCGGGCAUACCAAGGUCUGAAUUUUUCCUAACCACCAAAGUCUUUGGCCACACCGACGUGGAAGGGCAGCUUCGGGCCAGCCUGGAGAAACUCGGCACCGACUACAUAGACCUCUACAUGCUCCAUGAGCCAUUUUCGGCCCGUGGAAGUCCUGCCGCCCUUCAAGCAGUGUGGCGUGACAUGGAGGCUUGCCACGAUAAAGGGCUCGCACGCAACAUUGGUGUGUCGAAUUUCUUGGUGCCGCACAUCAAGGCGGUCCUCGAAACGGCCAAGACCAAGCCGGCCGUCAACCAGAUUGAGCUGCACCCCUAUCUGCCGCGCGCGGAGCUGGUCGACUUUUGCCAGAGCCAGGGCAUCACGGUCGAGGCCUUUGCCCCCUUGACGCCGCUGACCAAGGCCAGCCCGGGGCCCAUUGAUAAUGUAGUCCAGCGCCUGGCUGCCAAGUAUUCUAUCACUGAGAGCGCGGUGCUCUUGAGGUGGCACGUGGAGAGGGGCAUUGUGGUAAUCACUACCAGCUCCAAGAAGGAGCGGCUCCAGGAGUACCUCGUGCAGAUUCCGGGCUUUCAGCUCAGCGAGGCCGAGGUUGAUGAAAUUGGCAAGGCGGGUGAGCAAAAGUUGUUCAGGCAGUACUUGGCUGAUUUCUUUGGCAAGGACGUCUGGGAUUAA